AAAAAUUUGAUCAAAAUUCAGUAUAAUAUGUGUUAGAUUGUAAAAAUAUAAAAUCAAUUAAAAAUUCUUUCAAAAUUUAAAGUGAUAUAAAAAUAGCGAAAAUGCCUGAUGAUAAUGAUAAAGAUAAGAGGGUCAAGAUUCAUGUGGAAGGCGAAGAUGAGCUCGGCGAGGGUGAGGUGGAGAGACGCCGCAGGAUGAAGAGGUUCCAACUACCCAACCUGCCGCGCUGGUGGCAGGCCAAGAUCAUACAAUAUGCCUUUCUGCACCCGCAUGUCCGCGCCCGCCUCGAGAAGCACAUGGGCUCCAACCUGGUGCGCCUCACCGACAAGACAUACAUGACCGACUUGGAGGAGAUGAUACGCAGCGUCAACGAGGAGAACCUCAACAAAAGAAUAUCUAUGAGAGUCCUCGAUGAGAUGGAAAGACUGAAAAGAUUGAUACUGGUGGGUAAGACUCCCCUCAAGGAGUGCCCUCCCGAGCUCCACAAUCACCCCGUGUUUGUGUUUUGGAGGAUGGUGAACAAGGAAGUUGCCAAAGCGUCGAAGAAAAGAGCCGAUGCAUAUUACAGAAAACUAAAAUCAUCACAAAAAGCUGAUCAGACUAUCGGUGAAGAAAGUGAAGCAGAAGAAUUUGAUGAUGGAAGUUCAAAGCUCACCGCUGAGCAACUCCUUGCUAAAUGUCAAGCCGAUUUAGAGGAACGCAAACUAGCAGACAUUGAGAAUGGCGUCCGCUUCACCGAGGAACAAUUUGCAGUACUUAAAUAUGAAACCAACGAUGUUAAGACAUUAAAAAACCUUACGACCGUCGAAGAGCUCUACGCACUGGCUGAUAAGAUCAUUGGCACUAAACGUAUUUAAUAAAAAAUGUAA